UCUCUGUUGGAGAUAUUUAAAAGUAAAACACCCCCACACGUCCCCCUCUUUCUCUCUCUCUAGAACCCCUUUCCAACACACGCACUCUCUCUCCUCUCGCUAGGGUUUCCUUUCAUCAUCUUCCCCAAUUCCACUCAAUCCAAACCCUACCAAUGGGCGACGAACCAGUGGUCCCCUCCACACCACAACAACCACCACCACCACCACCACCGUCCAACGCCGCCGCGGCUCCGCUCGGCCACAACGUGAUUCCGAUCGUGAACAAGCUGCAGGACAUCGUCGCUCAUUUAGGCAAUAGUUCUACAAUUGAGCUCCCUCAGGUCGCCGUUGUCGGUAGCCAGAGCAGCGGUAAAUCGAGUGUUCUCGAAGCACUUGUAGGUCGGGAUUUUUUGCCACGUGGCUCGGAUAUCUGCACGCGUCGGCCGCUUGUGCUUCAGCUUGUUCAGAUUAAGCGGAAGGCUGAUGGUACGGAUGAGGAGUAUGGUGAGUUUUUGCAUAUACAGGGGAAGAGGUUUUUUGAUUUCAAUGAAAUUCGCAGGGAAAUUCAGAGAGAGACCGACAGGGAAGCAGGAGGAAACAAGGGUGUAUCUGACAAGCAGAUUCGGCUAAAGAUUUUUUCACCUAAUGUUCUUGACAUAACCCUGGUUGAUUUGCCCGGCAUUACAAAAGUUCCCGUUGGUGAUCAGCCUUCUGAUAUCGAAGCGCGUAUUAGAACAAUGAUAAUGUCAUACAUAAAGCUUCCCAGCUGUUUAAUUCUUGCUGUGACACCAGCAAAUUCUGAUCUUGCCAACUCAGAUGCACUUCAGAUUGCAGGAAAUGCUGAUCCAGACGGCUACCGAACUAUUGGUGUGAUAACUAAGUUGGACAUUAUGGACAGAGGAACAGAUGCUAGGAAUAUUUUGCUGGGAAAACAGAUCCCCCUCCGACUUGGUUAUGUGGGUGUUGUAAAUCGUAGUCAAGAGGAUAUUAUGCUGAACCGGAGCAUUAAAGAUGCACUUAUAGCCGAGGAGAAAUUUUUCCGAAGUCGUCCGGCUUAUAAUGAGGUUGCUGAUAUUUGUGGAGUGCCUCAGCUGGCAAAAAAAUUGAACCAGAUUUUAGUACAACAUAUCAAAACAGUGCUACCAGGGUUGAAAUCACGCAUUAGUGCUCAAUUAGUUGCGGUGGCAAAGGAGCAUGCUAGCUAUGGAGAAAUCACAGAGUCAAAGGCUGGCAUGGGAGCUCUUCUUUUAAAUAUUCUAUCAAAGUAUUCGGAAGCCUUCUGUUCGAUGAUUGAGGGAAAGAAUGAAGAGAUGUCGACUGCUGAGUUAUCUGGAGGAGCAAGGAUACACUAUAUUUUCCAGUCAAUAUUUGUCAAGAGUUUGGAGGAAGUUGAUCCAUGUGAAGACUUGACCGAUGAUGACAUUCGAACCGCCAUACAGAAUGCAACUGGUCCUAGAUCCGCCUUAUUUGUGCCAGAAGUUCCAUUUGAAGUUCUUAUUAGAAGACAGAUCGCUCGUUUAUUAGAUCCAAGUGUUCAAUGUGCAAGAUUUGUAUACGAUGAGUUAAUCAAGAUGAGUCAUCGCUGUAUGGUUAAUGAGCUACAAAGGUUUCCCGUUCUCAGAAAGCGAAUGGAUGAUGUCACCGGGAAUUUCUUACGUGAUGGUCUUCAACCUUCUGAAACCAUGAUUGGACACAUAGUUGAAAUGGAGAUGGACUAUAUAAACACUUCACACCCGAAUUUUAUCGGUGGUAGUAAGGCGGUAGAGUUGGCUAUGCAGCAAGUCAAGUCUUCUAGGAUUGCAUCAGCAGUUUCAAGGCAAAAGGAUGCUGCUGAGUUGGAUAAAGCACCACAAUCUGAAAGAAGUAUCAAGUCACGCACAUUUCUUGGACGACAAGGCAACGGAAUUGUCACUGACCAGCAUAAUCAAUCUGGGUCCCGGCCAGCUGGUGAGGUCGAGAAAUCGACAUCUGGAAGUACAAGCUGGGGAAUAUCAUCAAUCUUUGGUGGCUCCGAUAGUCGAAUGUCAACCAAAGAUAACUCUUCAAACAAGCCGUUUAGUGAACCUGUUUCUUCCAUCGAUCAUUUCGACUAUUCAUCUUCAAUGAUACAUUUGAGGGAGCCGCCAACGGUUUUGAGGCCUUCUGAUGCCAAUUCCGAUCAAGAGGCUAUCGAGAUUCACGUGACAAAGUUAUUGUUGAGAUCCUAUUAUGAUAUUGUCAGGAAGAACAUUGAGGAUUACGUGCCGAAAGCCAUCAUGCACUUUCUGGUCAAUCAUACAAAGAGAGAGCUGCACAAUGUGUUCAUUAAAAAGCUGUACAGAGAUGAUCUGUUUGAGCAAAUGUUGCAAGAACCCGAUGACAUUUCUGUAAAGAGAAAGCGCACUCGUGAAACGCUGCGUGUUCUUCAGCAAGCUUUUCGGACAUUGGAUGAACUGCCACUGGAAGCCGAGACAGUGGAAAGAGGUUACAGUUUGACCAACAAUGACGCGACGGGCCUCCCCAAAAUUCACGGGCUUCAUACAUCCUCAAUGUUUCCAUCCGGUAGCGGGUCAAUGGACCCUUACAACACGGCUUCACCAAAAAAUCAAAGAUCGUCACGCAAGUCUUCCCAUUCGGGUGAGUUGACCUCACCUUUCUAUGGCAAUUUAGAGACCAGUGGAAGCAAUCGCGCCUCUCUUCUUGGUCUUUAAACCGGCAAGAACGAUUUUGUGGACUUUUUAAGAAUGUUUUGAAUGGGCGGUAGACUUGUUAUUCUUUUAUCUUUAUAUUAUUACUAUUAUAGUCUAUUGUUUGCUGAAGUCCAGUGAGAAAACUGGUGCAGUUGAUUCCACAUACUUUUUGAGUCAUAAACUUGCAACAGUUAGUUGUCUUUGUUUUGGAAUGUUGAAAAGUAUUUGGAAGAAGGGUAAUAAUGUACAGUUGGUCCAACUUUUGUAAUAUGAAUGCCUUUGGUUUUUCUUUA